AUGGCAAGCAAAACUAUUGUCUCACUCUACUUCAUUGUUUUUCUUUGUGCGGCCGUUUUUGUCACUCAAGGUCAGGGAGUAGCUCAAACGCAAACGCCACCUACAAUUCCAGGACUUUUCCCACCUGGCUUAGUACCUGUUGAUCUUGUAAAAUGUUGGUCGUCUCUCUUCAGUGUUGAAGGAUGUGUGCUCGAAAUCUCUAAAUCCAUUUUCUCUGGAAAGUUUGAAAACGUGGAAGCCGCAUGUUGCAAGAUGUUUUCAUCCUUAGAUGCAAACUGUUGGCCACAUAUGUUUCCGCUGAACCCUUUCUUCCCUCCUCUCCUGAAAGAAAAAUGUGCCCACAUCAUUCCCAUCUCCCCCACACACAACUGA